CGAAGCAGAAGAACCGUUGAAAAAGAAGAAGAAGAAAAGUAUGAACGAGGCUACGGGAAUGUUAUCGUUGGUGCUGGUGAUUCUCAUGGCCGCAUCGUCAGCGGUGGAUAUCGGAUCCGUUGAGGCCACUCCGGCCAGGAUUGUCCCCGACGGUCUCCUGGAGAUAGAGAAAUCCCUUGUCAAUAUCUUAGGUCAGUCCCCCGACGUUCUCGCCUUCGCAGGCUUCAAUCUCCGGUAUGGGAAAAUAUAUCAGAGUCCGGAGGAGAUAAAGCACCGGUACUCGGUUUUUAAGGAGAAUCUGGAUUUAAUAAGAUCCACCAACAACAAAGGCCUAUCUUACAAACUCGGUGUCAAUCAAUUUGCUGAUUUGACCUACCAAGAAUUUGCUGCUCAAUACCUCAUUUCCCUUCCAAAGCAUUGCUACGGUCCUCAGUUACCAAUAGAAGUCCCUCAGAAAAACAUAACCAAUGCAACAUGGAUAGACUGGAGAAAAUCUGGUUUUGUUAGCCCGGUGAAAAACCAAGGAAAAUGUGCAUCUUCCUGGGUAUUCAGCGUAACUGGAGCUUUAGAGGCAGCUUACUAUAGAAAAUAUGGAACAAUAACAUUGUUCUCUGAGCAACAAAUUCUGGAUUGUAGUAACAAAUAUCUAGAAUGUUUGUCUGCCUGCCGUGGUGGCCUUCCUUACGAUGCCUUGUCAUACGUCAGUUCACACGCACUCUUGUCAGCUGCAGAAUAUCCUUACGUAGCUAGAGUUGGACGCUGCAGAGCUGAUGACAGUAAACCUGAUAUAGAUGUCAGAUAUUCUAGCACUUCGCAACGGGAUCCUGAAGAUUCAUUGAAGCAAGCGGUUGAGACCGUAGGGCCAGUUAGCAUAUUACUGGAGGUUGUAAAUUCAUUCCGGUUUUACAAGAGCGGAGUCUACACUACUAGUGACUGUGGUAAUCUAACGGAGGAACUGAACCAUGCGGGUUUGGCGGUUGGUUAUGCAAUUGAAAACGGCGUCCCAUAUUGGAUUAUAAAGAACUCAUGGGGAGAGGAGUGGGGUGAUAAAGGUUACUUCAAAAUAGAGAUGGGGAAGAACAUGUGUGGUGUUGCGUCAAUGGGAAUGUACACAUUCUUGGGAUGAUCAGCAUAUAUAUGAAUGCAUGAUGUUCGCAUUAUUAUUGGAUGAUACAGUACUUGAAAGUUGGCACUUGGAAGUGCAGUGUGUUUAUACUUGUUGUGUAACAUAUGAAUAUGGUCUAUUCAUAUGUACCGAAUAAUCAAAAACUAUAUGUGUGCAAUCUAAACCUUUUUUUUUUUUUUUGAAAAG